CCUCCCUUGACAGAUGGAGUAAAGAAAAACUUGGUUUAAUUUGUGUGUGUUUGGAAAGCAUCAUGGGAGACCAGACAAGUAGCCCUAAUCAAAUUGUCCGAAAGGUCAUACAGAGCAUUGAGCAGCAAAAGCCCAACUGGAUUGAGCGCCAGCUGUUGAAAGCAAAGACUUUGAGCACUGAAUGUGCAUUUACGACAAUAGAGAAAAGCACAGUCUUAGAAGAAGGAGAUAUUGCUCUUGAACUGACUGAGCAGAAAAUAAACACGAUGGUCCUGGAUCUCUGCCACAAACCAGGUGGCAGCGAGUACCUGAGGCAAAUUUAUCACAUCAUGCGGCUCAAUGAGGAAUAUUUAAAAGAACAGCUGUUUUCUAUGAAUGGUUCAGAGGAAAAGCCAUUACCCAUCCAACCUUUAAAGAUGACCUUGAGAAGUAUGGAAGAUCAGCCUUCUGACUUUAACCCUUUCCAUGUGUAUAAGGUGUUUUGUGAAAACAUGCUGGAUCAGUCAGCCAUCACAAAGUGGAACUGGAAUUGGGCAAACUUGCUGCCAAAUUAUCUGGGACUGGAUAGGAUGACCUUCAGUGUACUGCUCAAAAACAGGUGGGAAAUGAGAAAGGAUGAAACACUAGAAGAGGAAGAAAAAGCAAUGCUGGAACAUUUAAAACGAAUUUGCACCACAGAGAACUCUUCUGCCUCAGAUAACACAGAGGAAGAGUAAUCUGCAGAAAACAACUCCAGCUUUAUUUUAGGAAACAAUCACAUGUAAUGGAGUAAGAAUUUUACUAUAGUCAGAAUGAAGCUCAGAUGUGCUGUGAAGCAUGAAACCAAUGACUGGGUAAUCUCCGUGCUGAAAAGGAAUACAGCACAUAAAGAAUAAGGUGCUGCAUAUUUUUUAUUUAAAAAAUAUUUUCAAAUGCUUUUAUUUCUCCAAUCUUUCUCUGUAUAUGAUAUAACUGCUGCCAUCUCGUGUUCCCUUUGAAUUAUUUUUUUUCUCCUUUCAGUCUUGAAGUAUCUAUGACAACAAGCAAAAAAAAAAGUUGGAAAUAUUUUUUCUAAGAAUAUUUUAAUGCAACAUUUGGAUGUUGAGUAGAGGCACAUAGCCCCCCGAGGGUCAUCUGAAAAUUUCAAUUUAAUUUAAUAGCUGUAGCCCAAGUCCCUGUCUUAAUUGCCUUUAAUGCCCACCACUGUACCAGUCUUCCUUCCCAUAUAAACUCUUCCUCAUCAAUUUAUCUUAAUCACAACCAAGGCAUUCUCCUGAUCUAUAACUUUAGUCAUGUCUCUGCUUGCUUGUAGUGGUUUUCUAUCCUCCUCCUAAAUCAUAUUCAAACUUCUGCUCAUAUGCAUUCAGGUCCUAUACCAAAUGACUCCAUAUCCAGACAAUCGCAUGCCAUCCUCUUGGUUCAGGCCGCAUGUUUACUAUUUUUCCCAACCAAAAACCACCUUUCUCUCAUAAUUUUGCUCAGAACUCAUUCCAGUAAUCUCUCCUUUAAAGCUCCUUAUCUAUAAUGUCUGUUACUUCUUUUAUUUCCAUUACAUUGACACACACAAUAAGGAAACAAGACAUGUUCCAGCACUCUCUCUGCCAAAGACAAUAAUAGAUAUUUAUUAUAUCCUUCCAAUUAGUGCCCGAUAUUAGAUUAUAAAGACCUUGAAGGCCUUACAAUAUAAUAUGAAGUCUCCCUUUGUAAUUCCCCAUGUACCAACCACAGUGUUAUUCAUUGAGUGGGCAGUUAAUGAGCAGAGCUGAAUACGUGGCUGCCAUUG